AUGUUGCUGCUGCUGCUGCUCUUAUUGUUCUUGCCUCAUUUGAUCUGUGGAAACACAAAUGGUUUGUUGACCUACCCAAAUAACUAUUACAGGCCAGGAGAUUACCUCCUUGCGGCGGUCAUUCCUACAAACAGUGACAUCUAUCUGAGUCAUUCCUUCCGGAAUGAUCCGGCCGAUGAAUUCUUGCCAUUGUUUGAAAGGAACUACCAGCACGCGGUGGCUCUCUUGUUUGCCAUUAAUGAGAUCAAUGAGAAUCCCAGACUCUUACCUAACAUCACCCUGGGCUACAACAUCUAUGAAAACUACCAGUCUGCAACAAGGAUAGCUUGCAAGACAACCAUAGACCUCCUUUGCGCUGGACAACAUUUGGCUUUCCCUAACUAUCUGUGUGGGAGGCAGGAGGAGCCCCUGGCUGUCGUUCAGGGUGGGGACGACCAGGUCUUCUUUCAGCUGGCAUCCGUGUUGAGCAUUUACAAAAUACCUCAGCUCCAUUCUUUUCUGAGAAACAUCCACUUCAACACUACAACCAUGAAUGACAUGCAUUUUAAUGAGGGUGGGGAGUUAGUAGCUGACUACGAUAUUCUGAAUUUGGUCGUCUUCCCUAAUGGUUCUGCCACGAGGGUGAAAGUUGGGCGUCUCGAGACCCAGGCUCCCUCAGGCCUAGAGCUGAACAUUCGGGAGAAUGCCAUUGUCUGGCCCACUUGGUUUAAUCAGACAAGGCCCCGUUCCAUAUGCACCAAAAACUGCCCACCUGGAUACAGAAAGAUGGUUCUGGAAGGACAGCAGAGUUGCUGCUAUGACUGUCCACCAUGCAGAGAAGGGACAAUUUCAACUCACAAAGAUUCAGAUCAUUGUGACGAGUGUCCAGAAGAUCAGUCUUCAAACAAGGACAAGGAUCAAUGUGUUCCCAAGAAGAUUGUGUUCCUUUCCUACGAAGAACCUCUGGGGAUCAUCAUGGCUUUCUUUGCACUACUCUUGUCCCUGACAACAGGUGUUGUUUUGGGAAUCUUCCUUAAAUUCUGGGAAACUCCAGUUGUGAAGGCCAACAACCGAGAUCUCGCUUACAUUCUUCUCAUCUCCCUCUUACUCUGCUUCCUGUCCUCCUUCCUCUUCAUUGGCCAGCCUGGGAAAGUGACCUGCCUCCUCCGACAAACUGCCUUCAGCAUCAUCUUCUCCGUUGCCAUCUCUUCCGUGUUGGCCAAGACCAUUACAGUGUUGGUGGCCUUCGUGGCGACAAAGCCAGGAAACUCAAUGAAGAGAUGUCUGGGGAAGAGCUUGGCAAACUCUAUUGUUAUUUCCUGUUCCAGCCUUGAAGUAGCCAUUUGCAUUAUCUGGCUGUUAAUCUCUCCUCCCACCCCAGACUCCGACUUGCAUGGCCAACCUGGACACAUCAUACUGAAGUGCAACGAAGGGUCUGUUACCAUGUUUUAUAUGGCCCUUGGCUACAUGGGCUUCCUGGCUGCUAUCUCUUUCACGGUGGCUUUCCUGGCCAGGAGGCUUCCUGGGGCUUUCAAUGAAGCUAAGCUGAUCACCUUCAGCAUGCUGGUCUUCUGCAGCGUUUGGGUGUCCUUUGUGCCCACCUACCUGAGCACAAAAGGGAAAUACAUGGUAGCCGUACAGAUCUUCUCCAUCCUGGCCUCCAGCGCUGGCUUGCUGGGCUGCAUCUUCCUUCCCAAAUGUUACAUCAUCAUACUGAGACCCGAUCUGAACACAAAGGAGCACCUAAUGCAUCUAAUGAUGAAAAGGAAAGGAAAUCGGCAGAGAACAGUGUUGGAGCCAGGAGGCGACUUAUACCGAGGACCGCUGGCCGCCUGGUAUGGAGAGGGGGAAGGUUGGAAGGAGCCCACGCUCGCUCGCACCCCUACCCUCACCGCAGAGGAGGCCACUCUGAUACGCGGGCAGAACCAGAUGCUCGUCCUGCAGAACCGGGACCUACAGACCCAGCUAGACACCUUACAGCGGGACCUGGCAGCUGUCCUAGGGGCGAGGCCCCCAGUGUCCUUUAAGGAGGUAGCCCUGACCUUCACAGUUGAGGAAUGGGCUCUGUUGGAUCCAGGCCAAAGAAAACUCUACUGGAAGGUUAUGCAGGAGAACUACGAGAUCGUGGCCUCUCUGGGGAUCACCACCAUCCUUUGA